UAUUUAUAUUUUAAUUCCCGACAGAUAACUCAGGAAGAACAUCAGAUUCUCAGAAUUACAAUCCAAGUCCAGUUUUUAUUAAGGAUAAGCAUGGGGCUCCUUUCUAACAGAAUUUGUAAGGAGAGCCUGAAACCAGGGGAUCACAUCUAUUCAUGGAGGACUGCAUAUAUUUAUUCCCAUCACGGCAUCUAUGUUGGAAACGAUACGGUCAUUCAUUUUACUAGACGUGGCCAAGAAGUUGGUACAGGAACUGUUCUGGAUCUUCUCUUGGUAAGCUCAGGGCCAGCUCGAUCUCAACUUCAUUGCCCUACCUGCACUCCACCAGAAGAAGGUAAUGGUGUUGUUUCCUCAUGCUUGAACUGCUUCCUUGCUGGUGGCAUUUUGUACCGUUUCGAGUAUGCGGUCAGCCCCGCUCUCUUUAUUGCGAAAGCACGAGGCGGAACUUGCACUCUUGCAGUCUCCGAUCCAGAUGAUUUAGUGGUUCAUCGAGCAAAAUACUUGCUCGAAAAUGGAUUUGGUUGCUAUAAUGUUUUCAAGAACAACUGUGAGGAUUUCACAAUCUACUGCAAAACCGGGCUGCUCGUCCUAGAUCAAUCAACCAUCGGACACAGUGGUCAAGCGAUAUCGAUCAUAGGCGGCCCUCUCUCAGCUGUGAUGUCAACUCCAUUACGCCUUGUUACUACGAACAUAUACGGUAUGGCAGCCACGGCGGUCGGGGUCUACUGUGCAAGUCGAUACGCUGCUGAUAUCGGCAUGAGGAGGGAUGCAGUGAAAGUUUCAGUGGAGGAUCUUACAGCAAGACUGGCGACUGGCUUGCUUCAGGUGAUUGAGCCCCAACUUCUAGCUGCCCCCGCCCAUUAGCAUAUACUUACUACAAACUAUAUAUGUUUCGAAAUGUGUUGCGAGUAUAUCGAAUCGGUCGAUUACUGUCUGCAUUGUUAAGGUAGUCGUUUGCUUUAUGUACUUGGUUUCUAUGCCUUUCAUAUGUGAUAACUCUCUAAAUGUUGUGUUUGGAAAUUUAAA